AUGCCAAAGACAAAGAGUCCUAUCAGCGACGAUGCCCUGCGCACUGUAGCCCCGCCUCCUCCACAGAACUUGAAAUCACCAGCUAGCAAAGAAGCGAUAACUCCUGUUGCACAGCCUUACACCAUCUUUACAGGAACGCACAAAACUAUAAUCACGGCGUUACUGGCAUUGGCAUCGCUUGCCUCGCCGCUCACUGCUACGAUUUACCUUCCUUUGCUGCCUCUACUACAGCAUAGCUAUCAUACAUCGGCGCAGGCGAUCAACCUGACACUCACAUUCUAUACGGUGGUCCAAUCCGUCACCCCCGCUAUCUUCGCGCCACUGUCAGACUCCUUCGGGCGGCGACCUAUCUCCCUGCUUACGUACAUCAUUUACACCAUUGCAUCUCUUGCUCUCGCCCUUGACCAGUCUCAUUACGUAGCGCUACUCCUCCUCCGAGGUCUACAGGCAUUCGGAGCAAGCGCCUGUGUGUCUAUUGCUUAUGGAGUUAUCGCGGACGUGUCGACCCCCAGUGAGAGGGGCAGCAUGAUCGGCCCUGUGAUGAGCGCCACCAACCUCGGCACCUUUAUAGGACCUGUCUUGGGCGGGGUCAUUGCCUGGCGGAGUCAAGGCCAGCAGUGGGUCUUUUGGGGACUUCUCAUCUUUGGUGCUGUGAAUAGCAUCACCCUUAGUCUAUUCCUCCCCGAAACGGCCCGUGCCUUGGUGGGAAAUGGAGGGCAGGGUCUACGGCAGCGGACUGGCCACUCGGCCCUGGCGUGGGUACGCCUAGGUCCCCGUCUAGGCCCCCGCGUCACUGAGGACGAUGGUCAAGUUAUAACGGCCCUGCCCAACACGGAAGCGGCACCGACCAGGCCGAAUCCAUCUCGAGAAUCUGGCCUGCUCUCAGGGAUUCUUCCCAAAGAUCGUGGCUGCUCGGCUGUCGUGCUAUCCAAAGAGAAUGCACUCAUUCUGUGGCUGGGAGGCGUCAACUACGCCCUGUGGUAUUGCAUCACGGCAUCUAUUCCGGCUGUCUAUCAAGAGCAACAUGGUUGGAACGAACUGGAGAUCGGCCUCGCGUAUCUGCCCGGGGCGGCAGCUGUGAUAAUAGCUGGCAUCAUCAACGGUCGAUGGAUGGACCAGAAGUACAGAAAAACUGCAACUGAGAUCGGCUUUACAGUUGACAAGAUUAAAGGUGACGAUCUCAGGAAUUUUCCGAUCGAGAAGGCAAGAACGAGAAGCCUCACCCUCGUUUGGGUAAUAUAUAACAUAGCACUGGUGGGAAUGGGCUGGACCUGGCAGAUCGCUGCGCAUCCCGCCGCAUCGCUUUCGCUACAGGCAGUCAUCGGCUUCUCAGGAACGUUCAUGUUCUUCUGUUUCAAUACACUUCUCAUCGAUAUCGAAUCGAAGAGGCCGAGCGCUGCGGCUGCAGCCGCAACAGUGGUGCGAUGUGGUCUCGCAGCGGGCGGAGUGGCGAUACUAGAACCUCUCAGAUCUGCUAUAGGGAGAGGCUGGUUGUUUACACUAUUCGCGAUAGUCAUCGGCGGCAGUCAGGGUCUUGGCCUAUGGAUUCUCAGGUCAAAGGGUUUUCAGUGGAGAACGGAGGGCACAGUGACGAGAGCGGAAUGCCCAUCAGGUUAG